UUUAACGUCACAAACAUACGCACAACUUGCAUCGUACACACUCAGCAUGUCGAACACUAGCAGCAACAAUACUAUCAGCAGCAAUCCUAGCAGCAACAAUCCUGGCAGCAGCUGGGGCACUAAAGUGAAGGGCGCAUGGAACACGUUUGAAGGUGCCGGCGACUCUCUUCGGGGCGGCAUGAUGGAUUUUGCCGACACGGCGACCGGUACCGAUAGACACGCACACCAUGCAGAAACGGAUAUUGGCCACCAGAAGACGGAAGAGGGCGUGGCACAGAUGAGGGGCGGUCACCAGGCAAUCUCCACUGAUGGCACCCGGACGACAGACACGACGACGGCUGCGCCGCCGCUGCCCGCUCGUAGCACCGAUGCAACGCACACUGGUUCCCCGGGCACUACGACUACGACCAGUCAUACAACCAGUACCACCACGGAUAAUGACAGACGCAUUGCUCCGUGAAUGUCAAUAUUUAGUGUCGCUCUUCGCUGAUACUCUAGGUGUAGUCCUCACCCUCUUGCGGUCGUGACACGGCCUGGGUCUAGUGUAUAAUUAUAUGCCAUCUUAAAUAUGACGAGCUAUCAGUGUGAAGUGUAACCGUCAGCGGCCGAUACUUGAACGAACAUGUAAAUCAUACGUACCUGAACUAUGCAGGGUUUGGAAAACAGGUAACUCU